UUCGUGUCGUGUGUCAGGCUGCCAGCCGCGCUUAUCGCCGCCGCUUCUCCUCUCUCAUCGUAUCGUUCCGCUCCUUCUCUUCUCUCUAACCCUAGCAGCGAUCCGAGAAGCUCCGCUUCGAUUCGCGUCAAACAAGACUUCCCGCUCAAGAAAUGGCGUUGGAGUCGUCGUACCCGCAGCAGCCAAAGCUUCCUUCCUACUCGAAGAUCGUCUCAACGACUGAUGAGAUAGAGAGUGCGAGGAAGCCACUUGUCGGUGGAGUUAGCUCUGGUGGUAGCUAUUCAGUUCGCGCGGCUAUUCUUCCGUUCUUAUUCCCAGCUUUAGGAGGAGUGCUUUUUGGUUAUGAUAUCGGUGCUACGUGUGGUGCUCAAAUUUCUUUGGAGUCACCAACAAUAAGCGGGACAACAUGGUAUGAUUUAUCAUCAGUGGAAAUUGGUCUUGUGGUUAGUGGUUCACUUUAUGGCGCUUUGAUUGGUUCAAUUCUGGCAUACAACGUUGCAGAUUUUUUAGGGAGGCGAAGAGAGUUGAUCCUUGCUUCUGUGCUAUAUUUUGUUGGAGCCCUGUCAACAUCAUUAGCACCGAACUUUGCCCUUUUGAUUGUUGGACGUUUUUUUUAUGGUAUAGGAAUUGGAUUGGCUAUGCAUUCUGCUCCAAUUUAUAUUGCAGAGACUUCUCCGAGACAAAUUCGAGGCAUACUUGUUUCUAUGAAGGAGUUUUUCAUCAUCUUAGGGUUGCUUUUGGGUUAUACGCUUAGUAGUAUCUAUGUUGACUUCGUGGCUGGGUGGCGAUAUAUGUAUGCUAGCAGUGCUCCAGUAUGCCUAAUUAUGGGAAUUGGAAUGUGGUGGCUUCCACCGUCACCUCGCUGGCUGCUUCUGUCUGCCACACAGGGCAAACAGGACAUCACAACCAUAAAACAGUUAGCUGUUUCUUGUUUUUGCCGUUUGCGGGGUCAAGCUACUGAUAGUUCAUCUUUGCAAGAAGUUGAUUCUAUUCUGGAUGAAUUGCGUGCGGAUCUUGAAAAGCAGGUUACAAUUGGUGAGAUCUUUCAAGGAAAAUGCCUUAAAGCCCUCAUAAUUGGUGGAGGACUGGUCUUUUUUCAGCAGGUGACAGGGCAACCAAGUGUCUUGUAUUAUGCUGCCACCAUCCUUCAGAAUGCUGGAUUUGAUGCUGCAUCUGAUGCUACACGCGUCUCAAUUCUUAUUGGUCUACUAAAGCUAAUCAUGACUGGAAUUGCUGUUUUUGUGGUGGACAAAAUUGGCAGAAGACCAAUGCUAAUUGGAGGUGUUAGUGGAAUGGCAAUCUCUUUGUUCCUUCUAUCCACUUACUACACUUUGUCGAAGGAUUUACCAUUCAUUGCUGUGAUUGCUUUACUUUCAUAUGUUGGCUGUUACCAGGUCUCAUUUGGUCCAAUUGGCUGGCUCAUGAUUUCAGAGGUUUUUCCAUUGAGAUUCAGAGGGCGCGGGCUAAGUAUAGCAGUGCUGGUUAACUUCACCUCAAAUGCACUGGUGACUUUUUCUUUUUCGCUGCUACAGGAUUGGGUAGGAACUGCUAGCGUCUUUGCAGGCUUUGGAGUUGUUGCGACCGCAGCUCUCGUGUUCAUAUACUUCACUGUCCCUGAAACAAAGGGACUCACUUUGGAAGAGAUUGAGGCUAAGAUUAUUUAACUCUUCACUGCAACCUUCAAAUAAACGAGGUUAUUGUUGGUAAGUUAAAAGCUCUACGUUCUUCUGUCGUAGUGUGGAACCAUUUCAGAAUGCGAAGGCAACUAUGCUGAUGAUGGGUAGAGAGAUUUAUGUUGCAUUUCGACUCGGAUGGGGAGUGGAUCCACGCCGGCAUUACGGCUAGUAGUUCAAUUCAAAUGUUGAUUUAUGUAAAUCGACAAAAUGAUAUUUUUUUUAAAAAAAAUUAAAAUAAUGUCCUAUCUUAUAUUUUGUAUUAAAAAUAUUUUUUUUA